AUGGCAACCCCUCCCCUUCGUUUCAACCAGAAACGUACUUUAGAACCCUCAGAAAGGGAGGAGCCUGAUUCACGCCUGGACGAAAGUCGACCGGAGAGUUCGAACCGCAUCCCUCCGUCUCAAUCGCCAUCAACGGUAACCCAAUCCGACAAACCAAGGAAACCAUCCGUCACGCGUCGCAUGUCCUCUAAGCGGACGAUACCCCAUAAGGGUCAGGAGUUCUCUACUGAUGAUGAUGUACAAGAAGUUGAGGAAGACAUCGCUAAGCAACAGGCUACGAAUCCUCAGAAUUCACCAAGGAUGCGCCCUUUACGAAAGCAAAGCUCGAGCCUCAGGAGAAGAAUCAAUGCUCGCAUCAAUCCUCUGACACGAGCAGAUCCUGCGGACAAUGAAGAUGAGAACACCGUUCUACCAGCAUCUAGCUUGGAAGUAGCCGGAAAUGGCACCUCUUCUCAGCACUCUGAGGGUGGAAGCCAAGAUAGUAAUGACAAUAACGACGAGGACGUCAGCGAUGCGGAAAGUUUUACACUGAAGGAUCGGCAGCAGGCUAUCAAUGAAACGCAUCCUUUUGGAAUAAGGCUAUGGAAACCUGCCCUAUACAAAAAGAGUCGUUCAGUGGAGAAGACCGCUGAAGGUGAUAUUCAUUCGUCACCUGGCGGUCGAGUAGGGACCAUGCUGUUCCUAACAAACUUAUUGUGGACGGCAUUCUUCGGAUGGUGGCUUGCUUUGGCUGCGCUUAUUGGUUCUGUCGCCUGCUUCAUCUUCGCGUACUCUCCAAGUGCUGUGGAAUAUGGGAAAGUCUUCUCCGGCCUCUCUUGGUACCUGAUAUACCCGUUCGGAUCGUUUGUCCGUCUUGACACCGAUGAGAAUUACGCAGAGGAAGAUGAAGGCGAAGGCCGCAGCAUUAGCGAGUAUGAACAAUGGCAGAACGGUGACCUAGAACAUGGAAGGCUGUUCUUUGGCCCUCGCCGUGGCCGAUCCCUCGUGGGCAGAAGAAGAAAUAGCAUUGAUUCGGCCAGUGAACAGGACAGUCUGCUGGGACGGACCCAAAGAGCCAGUUCACACGAUAGUCCUCUAGGUCAUCAUAAACGACGUUUGUUUGGCCGUGGCGAGUGGACCCUUGGUCGUGUCGUGUUCUUUGUCUUUUUUUAUUUCCUCGUGGGACCUUUGAUGCUAUUGGUAUCUCUCCUCUGCUGGUUGCUGGUCUUCUGGAUUCCAAUGGGACGCGUGACCAUUAUAUUAUUUGAUCAUCUUCGUCGUCAUCCCCUCGCUCUCUCAUACCAUUCUGAUACCUCAUAUACACGGCUAAGCCCAAACUCCUCUUCAUCUAUUCUUUUAUGCACCUAUCGCGCCGCCGGGUUAAGGUACUGGAAAUACACGGUUGGCGGCACCAACAUCUUCUUGAUCAAUCUUCUCGGUGUUGUACUGUUUGUGAUUUUUGACUACUUCUUUUUGGAAAAAACUCUAGGUGUUCAAAACUCCUUGACUCACCCGGGCUUAAUUUUCACCCUGGCCCUUGUUUCCAUCAUCCCCCUGGCUUAUUUCAUUGGACAGGCCGUCGCUUCGAUCUCCGCACAAUCCUCAAUGGGUAUGGGUGCUGCAGUUAACGCUUUCUUUUCAACGGUGGUCGAGGUUUACCUGUACUGUGUUGCUUUAACCGAGGGUAAAGGCCAGCUUGUUGAAGGUAGUAUCAUAGGUAGUAUCUUCGCAGGCAUCCUGUUUCUCCCUGGAUUAUCUAUGUGCUUUGGAGCCAUCAAGCGUAAAACACAGAGGUUUAAUGUUAAAUCAGCCGGUGUCACCUCUACGAUGCUUAUGUUCGCUGUGAUUGCUGCCUUCGGGCCCACACUGUUCUAUCAAAUUUAUGGCAGCCAUGAAUUAAACUGUCGCCCCUGCUUCAGCACGAUAGAUGCGGGCGGUAGUGAUUGCCGUCGUUGUUACUUCUCUCAGGUCCCUGCUGUUAAUGAUAGCUUUUUUCGAAAGGCUGUAAAGCCUUAUUCAUGGUUUGCGGCUUUAUUUCUGUUUCUAUCGUAUAUCAUUGGUUUAUGGUUUACGCUUAGAACCCACGCUGCCCUCAUAUGGGCUACAGAAAUUGAAGAGAAGAAAGCGGCGGCUGUCGUCCAGGAGCACGGCCCUUACGAGCCAAGGCACCUCCUCCAGAGCGGGCCACCAGCGGCUGCUGGUGCAAACGCUGGUCCAGGUCCAAAGGGUUCCACCCCAGCACGCCAUAGUAACAGAGGAUCCACUGACCCAGUCAAGGCGGUAGUAGAGGAGCUUGAUGAUAUUGGACUCGAGAACGGCCAAACCAGUGGCGGGCAUGAUGCACCAAACUGGAGCAAGGCUAGGAGCUCAAUCAUUCUUCUAGGAGCCACCGUUUUCUAUGCAAUCAUUGCUGAAAUUCUUGUGAACACCGUAGAUGUGGUGCUGGAGAGUGUUGACAUUGAUGAAAAGUUCCUUGGAAUCACACUAUUUGCUCUAGUCCCCAACACGACGGAGUUCUUGAAUGCCAUCUCUUUCGCCAUGAAUGGGAACAUAGCCUUGUCGAUGGAGAUCGGUUCAGCCUACGCCUUGCAGGUUUGCCUUCUCCAGAUUCCAGCCCUGGUACUGUUCAGCGCUAUUUAUGAACGCUUGAUUGAUCCCGCAGAACUUCUAACUCACACCUUCAACCUUAUUUUCCCGCAAUGGGACAUGGUUUCAGUAAUACUUUGUGUCUUUCUCCUAUCCUAUGUCUACGGUGAAGGGAAGAGCAACUACUUCAAAGGAUCUAUCCUUGUCCUCACAUAUCUUGUCGUUGUGAUUGGUUUUUACUUGUCUGGCUACAGCAACAUGGACGUCAUGGGUGUCGAUCGCCUCGACACAUUGGCGCUUGGCACCUCCCAAACAUUUCACACUCUCGGUAGGUCAAAGAGUGGCAUGGCCUAUUGA